GAAUCAGAAUCACAGACUGUAUUACAAACAAAACCAACUCCUUCAUCAUCAUUAUUAUUAGUACAAGUGAAAAAACCAACUACAGCAAUACCAUCAAAUACUGCAUUAUAUAAUAUCAUCAACAUGGUUAAGCCGAAUAAAUCAAUACAUCCUCUUCAACAAAAUGAUUUAAUGACUGUUGAAGAAAAACAAAACAAUUCAUGUUCACAUAAAAUAAUUGAUCAAUAUUCAAAUAUUCAUU